CAUUGUGCAGCUUCCAGCCGCUCUGGUCUGACUGAACAAACACUUUCACUUUUGUUUCUGAUGAAAUGGAGAGAGGCGGACACGAAGCUGCUAAACUUCGCGGGAUUGGAGCAGAACAAAGCAGAACCUAUUGAAAGACAUGUUUACAUGAGCAAGUUUGAAGACUGAUUAACUCGAACCAGCAAAACAGCCGGUUUGCACUGGUCCACACCCUGUCCCACUUUACUUUCAGUUUUCACUCGAUGCGCCUGGAAAGGUUCAUUAAGAAACUAUGGCAAGUCAACGGGAUAUUCAUCUUCAUGGAGAGUCUCUUACAAUAGUGAAAAGAUGUGGAGCACCUUUGUGUGAGAUCCUUGACACUAAAUUUGGAUGUGUGGCCACCAUUGUGGGUGUGCAGCAGGAGAACGAGAGUAGCACUCCAUAUCUGAGACGACCACCAACCGUUCCUCCACAGAAGAGACUUGAAAUCAUGAUGCCUUCUGGUGUAAAGGUGUCUGUGGUGAAGGCUGAUCUCACCAACUUCCAAGCUGAUGCUGUUGUGAAUGCAGCUAAUAAAGAGUUAAAGCACAUAGGAGGCCUUGCUCGAGCUUUGUCCACUGCUGGUGGCCCUAAAAUACAAAAGGAAAGUGAGGAUUAUGUCAAGAAGUAUGGGAAAUUAAAAACAGGGGAGGCAGUUGUUUUUGAUGCAGGGCUACUACCAUGCAAAAAGAUCAUUCAUGCUGUGGGUCCAGAGCUGCCAUACUACCCUACAAAGAAUAAUGUGUUACAGGCAGAACCGUUAUUGAAGAAAACUAUUUGGAGCAUUCUUGACAUAGUUGAAAAACACGGUCUGGUGAAUGUUGCCAUUCCUGCCAUAAGCUCUGGAUUGUUCAACUACCCACUGCCAGAAUGUGCCCACACCAUAGUAUCCGCUGUUAAAGAGUAUUAUAUGCGGCUGUCCCCUAUUAGACCUGUUGCUCAAGAGAUCUUCCUAGUGAACCAUGAUGAUCCCACAGUGCAGGCAAUUGAAAACGCAUGCCAUCAGAUAUUCCAUCCUCAACAGCACCAAUCCUAUAGCCAGGCUGCAGCAAAAAAUACCAGGAGCACUGAUCCUCAAAACCCACCACCUUCAGUCCAGAUUGGAAAUGUUGUUCUGAAAUUGAAGAAGGGUAACAUUGAGGAACAAAAGACAGAUGUCAUUGUUAACACUGCAUCAAAAAACAAAGACCUGAGCAAGGGUAAAAUUUCCAGUGCUAUACUGGAUAAAGCAGGUUUUCAAAUGCAACAUGAAAUAUGGAACGAUAACUCGAGGGGCUGUAUUGUCAAUACACGACCUUACAGACUGCACUGCAAAGAGGUGUUUCACACUUUUUGUACUGAAAAAAGACUUGAUCCAGCAGCAGAUCACAUCCUUUACAAUUCAGUAUUGGAGUGCUUAAAAAGAGCUGCUGCACAGCAUUACACCUCAAUCAGCUUCCCUGCUAUUGGCACUGGAGCCCUUGGAUUUAGUAAAGAUGAGUCUGCGACAAUAAUGUUGCAAGCAGUUUUUGAUUUUUCACUAAACUUUCAAAACAAGAUGGAGGUUUACUUGGUCAUAUUUCCCUCUGACCAUGAAACAUUCCAGGCCUUUCUGAAAAAAAUGGGACAUUUCCAACAAGGAUCAGCCUCUUCCAGCUCUUCACUCGAGGUAUCAGGAGGAGGAGGGAAAUUCAGCCAUCAUUCUCACCAGCAACAAUCUCCAGGUCAUUCUUGGGGAUCCCAAGGUCACACCAGGCCAGAAGCAUCUUGGGAUAAAGCUGAUUCCCCCACCAGCAGGGCUCAAACUCCAAAAAUCAGCUUGCUUGGUCCAUCUGAUGAAUCAACAAAAGAGGCUGAGAAAUGGCUCACUGACCUUCUUUCUAUGCAUUCCCACACUGUCAAGAUCUACAACAACUUUAUCUUGCACUUUAGUGAGGAAGACCAUCUGAGGCUGUCCGUUGUCGCUGAAAAUGAGUUAAUUGAAGAGUUUUUCACACAAGGUCAUGCGUGUAUAGAAAUAAAUGGAGAGACAAAGGAAGACACUGUUUUUGCUGCCCUGGAGGUUGAGGCCAUGCUCUGUAAAAUCCAGAAGGACUUUAUCUCAGAGGAAGAAGGUGACCUGCAGAUGAUGUCUCAAACUGAUAAAUCCUGUAAAAGGGAGACUGUUGAAAAGUCAAGUAAAGUAUUCUUGGAUCGAUCUGAUGCAUUCAGCUUUCACGGGCUCAGAGUAAUGAAGGUGGAAAAAAUCGAAAACAAUCCUCUGAAGUUGAUGUUCGACAUGAAGAAAAAGCAGCUUGGCAUCUCCUCUUCUAAAAUUAUGUUUCAGUGCAUCCCAGCACAGUUUUGUGAGAUGAUCAGUAGGAUUGGGUUCCAGGCUGAGUGUGCGCCGCCUGAAGAUCAAAGAUACGGAGAGGGCAUUUACUUUGCAAGUACUAUUAAGAAGGCCCUGGAUCUGUGGAAGAAUAGAAGGGAAGAGUACCUGUACUUUGUGGAGGCUGAGGUUCUGAAGGGAAAGUCAGUUCCUGGUAAACCAGAACUCAUAAUGCCUCCUGCCGUGGACAGAGAUCCCAGCAUUGUCUAUGACAGCGUGGAUGGAGGCCCUGAUAUCUCCGUUAUCUUCAGUGGUUAUCAAGCUUUACCCAAGUAUAUCAUCAUCUGUAAGAAGGAAGGAAAAGGAAGUGGUUUACUUGUUUAGGGAGAGUCUUUGAGUUAUGUUGCUCAUAGUUCAAUAUAAGAAAUUCAUGUGAUGUAAAAUAUGAUCAAAUAGAAGCACCAGGAAAAUAACCCAAGUUUAUCAAUGAUACAAAAGAUGCCUCAGUUAUCAGCUUUACUUUCAGCCUCACUGAAAUGAUUUAAAUACACACUUAUUUAGUUCAAGUAAGAAAUUCAAGAACAUCUAAAAAUCCAGAUUUAAAAUUAGCUUAAUAAUCUUAUAAGCAACAAAAAUAUGUGUUAGUUUAUUACUUUAAGUCUAAAAAAUAUUUUCGAUAGAUCCUUAAAGAUAUUUAGUUUUUUUUGUAAAUAAAUCAGUAGUGUGAAAGUUUUUCAGUCUUUAAAAUCUUUGUGAAAAUCUUUAAAAAAAUAUAGAUUUAGGUUUUGUCUUAUUAUCCUUUUUAUGAAUCCUUUGUUUGAAAAUUGUUUUGGGGAAAAUGUAAAGCACCCCUUUAUAUUUUACUGUAUUAAAAAUGUAUAUCUUUUUUGUUGAGUCAUUAAAUCUACAAAUGAAUCAGUUUAUUUUACUUUACAUUCUCUUAGCGAUCAUUCUUCAUUUUCCCUUGAUAAAAAAAAAAUCUUCAUUUAGGUGCUUUUUAGCACAUCUGCUUGUAUAUUUCAUGGGGAUCUUUAACUAUUAUUGUAUCAAAGUGUCUAAAUUUAAUAAAAGUUAAACCAAUUUCUGUAUACCUCACCAAAAUAUGAUCAGCUUGAGAUUUAAUGAAGCUAAAUAUAGUUUGCAUUUAUCAUACACUCUUGAAUCAUUCUUGAAUUUUUCACCAACUUCUUAAAAUCUAAAAUA